AUGAUGAAGACACAGGGUGUAUUGGUGGGGGUGUCUCUGCUGACUAGCGUAGCUCUGCUGGGACUGAUAAACGUGCGGCAGAAAGAAGAGAUGAAGGAGCAGAAACAUGUAUCGUUUGAGACGAUUAAACUGCGUGUGACCAGAGACGUACUGGGAGAGUACCAACACGAGGUGAUCAGAGCUCACAACCUGCUGGACAAGACCAAGGCUCAGGUGGAUACUCUGGGGUCAGAACUCACCCCACUGCAGGCUGCAGAGGCCAAGAAGAAGAGUGAACUGGAGGCAUGCCAGGGAGAAAAGAAACAUGUUGCUGAUGAGGUGGGGGCCGUUGAGGCAGAGAACAGUAACUCUAAAACUGAGUUUGAGAAGCAAAAGGCUGCCUGGGAAGCAGAGAUGACGUCUCUCAAACAGCAGGUGGUGCAGCGCAGCAAAGUGUGUGUCUUUGUGAAGAAGGACUCUGUAGAGGGAAGGAAACUGUGUGGAGAUGAACCACCUAAACAAGAGGCCACUCCAAAACCAGAUGCUCCCAAACCAGAAGAAUCCAAACCAGAUGCUCCCAAACCAGAAGAAUCCAAACCAGAUGCUCCCAAACCAGAAGAAUCCAAACCAGAUGCUCCCAAACCUGAUUCUCCUAAAGAAGCCCCUAAACAAGAGGCCGCCCCCAAACCAGAAGAUCCCAAACCUGAGGCCCCAAAGAUGAGAUGAGCAGAGCUGGGGAUGGACGAAGAGAACGGGAAGAGCCACGUGGAAUCAAAGAAAAGACUUAAGGAAGGCAGAUGAAAAAUGGAGACCUUCUGCAGGACAUUUCUCUGUUCCCUUUUAAACUCGUUACAACUGGACAUUUCUCUGUUCCCUUUUAAACUCGUUACAACUGGUCCUUCAUGCGACUUUAGAGUGUCUAUUAACUACCAUCUAACAUGAGUGGAUAUUGAAUACUUUUUGUUAACCUUGUCCAUUCCUCUCUCUCAGUAUGACCCUCCCUCAGGGGGUGUUUGUGUGUGAUUUGAACAAAUGUGUAUGUGCCACCAGUAUCGACCAAUUGGAAAGUCCAGAGCCUCUCUCUGUCACUCCUCAUCAUCCUCACUCUGUUACCCUGGUGACGGUAUUAUGCAGUGGUGGCGACCAUAGCAUUGACCAAUCAAAAGUCCUGGAUUAAACUAAUGGUAUUUCUGUUUGUCUGAUUCUGAUGUAAUAAAGCUUAACCCUAAAGGAAAGGAUUUGAUUAACUAUUGAUACAGAACCAUUUCAUGUUUAAUGUGAGCACAAACAUUGGCAUUGUUUACUGUAUGUUCUGAUUCCCUCCAUCUUUAAACAUUUCAAGACAAAUAACUAAUAACAGCUGCUGGAGAUGUAAAACUCAUAAAGAAUGAAGUCACCUCAAAUUAUUGGCACCCUUGAUAAAGAUGAGCAAACAGUACUUUAUAAUACAAAUAUUAAGCUAUUGUGUAUAUUGCAUGCUCAAAUAAAAUAUUUAUAGUACUACAA